AGUUCAUAGAUCAUACGCUGACGUCGUGUCGAGGGCACCAUGUGGCGAUACAAAAUGAAUUUACCAUUGGUGUUGUUGUGUGUCCACAUCCAGUAUGGCACAGCAAUGUCAAGGAUUGACCCUGUGGUUAAUACAAACGUUGGCUUGAUUCGUGGCCUCAGAGCCACCGAUGGCGACUACAACAUGUUCAUGGGUAUUCCAUAUGCAGUUGUUGACGAAACCAACCCCUUUGGGCCUUCCAAACCCCACCCAGGAUUUGAUGGCGCUUUUGAUGCCUACGAUGAUACCGUUGUGUGCCCGCAAGUUGAUGAGUUUACCAAUAAAGAAGUUGGAUCAAUAGACUGUCUGCAUUUAAAUGUGUACGUCCCUAAUUCAGCUAGUGCCGGUAAUCGUUUACCUGUAUUAGUUUGGAUUUUCGGCGGAUCAUUUGCAAGAGGACUCGCAGGCAGAUUUUUGUAUGGACCUCGCUUUUUAGUUAAACAAGACGUUAUCUUAGUUACACUUAAUUACCGUGUGGGCCCCUACGGGUUCAUGUGUCUCGAUGUACCUGAAGUUCCCGGAAAUCAAGGUUUAAAAGACCAGCAAUUGGCCUUGAAGUGGGUUAAGAACAAUAUUGAAGCAUUUGGUGGAAACUCCGACCAAAUAACAGUAUUUGGGGAGAGUGCGGGUUCCGUAUCUGUAGACUUACAAUUAAUGUACAGUAAAGAAAAGUUGUUCAAUCAAGUUAUAUUGCAAAGUGGUGUUGCUAUGGCUCCUUGGGGUGUAAGCAAUCCUUCACCCUCGGCAGCUCUGAAUCUAGCUGAACGGCUCGGAUUUAAAACAACGGAUACCAAAGAAGCGCUGGCAUUUUUAGCAUCUGUCGAUAGCAAUUCAGUGAUAGCAGCGGUAAACGGAAGAUUUGGACCCUGCGUAGAAAACCAUUUUGUAAAUGUUGAAAGGUUUAUUGACGAUUUACCCAUAAACGUAAAGAAACCGAAAAUUGGAAACUUACCCAUUCUACUGGGAGCCAACAAUGACGAAGGUCUAGCAAAUUUCAUAACUAAGACAGCCGAAGAAAUCUUAAAGGGCCCUAACGUAUUUAUGAACUUUUUAAAUAAUUAUUUCAAUUUGAACGCUCAAGAGCUUAGUGAAUUGGAACAAAUCGUAAGAAAUUUCUAUAUUGGAGACGAAACUAUAAGCAUAGAUGUUGUAGAUGAACUUAUUCGAGUGCAUGGGGACUUCAUGUUUAUUUAUCCUGCGAAAAGAACGUUACAGAAAUAUCUUGAUAAUGGUGUUACAGACAUAUAUUAUUACUUGUUCACCUACGACGGCGGAAGGAACUUCUUGAAGGACAGACUCAAUAUAACGGCUCCAGGAACUGCUCAUGCUGACGACCUGGGUUAUUUAUUUGAUAUUUCCUACAUGGACAAAAACCCAGCUCCGGAAGAUCAGCUUGUGAUUGACCGCUUCACGACAUUAUGGGCCAACUUCGCUAAAUACGGAAACCCAACUCCACAGACGACUGAAAUCAUACCUGUGAUAUGGCCGGCAGUCACCAAAGAUGAACAAUACUAUUUGAAUAUUGGCGCGGACCUGACAAUCGGGAAGAGAUAUUUCAACUCCAGAAUAGCUUUCUGGGAUCUGUUUUAUGAAUAUAAUGAAAAGGCUCAAAAGGGAUAUGCAGAUAGUUCUUAAUAAUACUAAUCCAUGUUUCAAAAAUGAACUACAUGAUUGUAUUUAUUAUUAAAAAUAAGUGCUUUGAUAGCAUUGUCAAUAACUCUUUCCUGGAUACUACAUAAUAUCUUCUGUGAGGUUUUCUUUUAAUAUUCUUCCUUUCAACAAUGAAAUAUAUUUUGUAAAGAGCAA